AUGCACGCUGGACCCACGAAUGUUUAUCAUGUAAACUCAAUGCGGAAGGCUCACAGUUCAGCGUACGCAUUUGAUGUCCUCAAUUUUACGUAUGUCCAAGCCACAAAACCACAACAAUCAAACAGUGCAGACUGCGGGCUUUACGUUCUUCACUACAUGAAUACAAUUUCAACGCUGAUAGUAGCUGAGAAGCCAAGCUCGAUAGAGGAUUUAAUCGCAGGGUGGACUACGGGGAGAUUUAACGCCACCAAAGUAUCCGUUUACCGCACGCAGCUUUAUAGGGCGCUUAUGCCGAAGUGA